AUGCCUCCACGAUCAUCAAAACCUGCUGCCACCGAAUCCGAAGAAGAAGAUGAACAACGACAAAUUGUAAGACCUAAAGGAGUGCCAAAGGCCAUUCCCAAAUCAAGAAAAAAGGCUUCUGAAGCAGGAUCUUCCUCUCAGCAACAACAAACACAGCUGAGGCUUACAAGUUCGGGUUCAUUGGCAAGGCCAAGAGCUGGUGCUUCAGAUGAACGAUCAUCCCGAGGCUCUGAAACUGAUGAUGAAGCCUCGGAUCGAGAAGAAGAAAAUCUUGCAGCAAGAAGAGCACCAACACGACCAAGUGCCACGGCAGCAUCAUCAUCGGGAAGAACAACUGGUACAUCAAGGACCGCUGCCGGAGCAUCAUCAUCUGGCACCACGGCUCCAACCGUGAGAAGAGGACCACCCAUUCCAAAGAGGCCCAAGUCUAGGCCUGGAGAGCAGGCUCUUUUGGAAAUUCGUCGAUUUCAAAAAACAACUCACAACUUAAUUCCAAGAUUAUCCUUUGCCCGUCUUGUGAAGGAAAUUUCGGAAAUGGUUGCAGUGAAUAGUCGUCUCAGAUGGCAGGCUGCUGCCAUUGAAGCCUUACAAUCUGCUGCUGAGGAUUAUUUGAUUAACCUUUUUGCUGAUUCUAAUUUGUGUGCAACCCAUGGAAAGAGAGUGACUAUUAUGGUGAAAGAUAUUCAGCUUACAAGAAGAAUUCGUGGUAUUGCACGUGAAGCUAUCUAUCACUGA